GUUUAUUUAUAGAUCUGAUUGUUUUGAGUUAUUAAGGUUUGUAUUAAACCAAUUUAAUUCAAAUGAGCAGGCUAAUAUCUAUAACAACUUAAUAAUAAAUAUAAUGUCACUGUAACAAUAUAAAAAUUUGCUUAACUAACCAUUAAUACCCGUUUUAAGCAUCAGCAUGUUGUAUUUCAGUAAAGUCUAGUGCACUCAACAGGGAAGCAACAAGUUUCUCUGCUGGUCAUGUUUUCACACAGCUAAUAUAAAUAAUUUGGUCUUAAUUAGUUACUAAUGUGUUUAGUGUCAAAAUACAGGGUAUACUGUUGCAUGAACCAUAAUGGCAAACACAUGAGGGUGAUCAUGUGAAGCUACCUAUCACAUCUUUUCGAACACACUCAGAAGGAAGUGCUGUCUGCCCUCUUCUGCAUACAUGUGCUCACAGACGUCUGUAAUUGGCUAGUGUCUCUGUGACGGGGGAGACAGAUAUCCCUCUCACCCAGAGAGCACAGCCAGUUUUGCUCUCCAUCACCCCCAUUGUCAGGAUUCACACUCACGAUUUCCCAGUGAUGGGGCAAAUGCUUUUCUGUUGGGUCACCCGUGAGCCCCCUUGUUCAACAGUUUUUAUUAAAUUAUAUAAGCUACCACUUUUAGCCUAAUAAGUUAUCUUUCUGGGCAGCCAACACAUGGGACUACUUAUUCACUUAACUGUACACUGUUUUUUGGACCUAUUUUGAAAUUUCCUUCAGCUGACCCUAUGUUUGGUGUUUACUGGUGCAUGCAGAUGGUAGCACACAUCACUGUGUUGUGCAGAGGCAGUUUGAGAUGGAUUAGAGUUGUAAUCUGGGUCACUGCAGAUUACAUCUCCACAGGGUCACAUGACCAACAGACAAGUGGAUCCUCAUUUAUCUUGGAAGCCAAGAAACAGAGGGGGAAGGGCAUGAAGCAGCAUCCAGUAGAAGAUAACAAUGCUUGUUCAGCUGUUUACGAGACCUUCGGUUUGCAGUUUUGCUAGCUGUCUCAAACGAUACGCAGCAGAAAACUAAAUCAUUAGCUUCCCAUCUUGGCCUGUUCAUCAUAUGAGGCAGAAGCAGCCCCGGGGCACAUGAUCCAUUCACAGCGUGAACAGUCAUCAUUCGGAGAUUUCCAGGAUGGAUCCCACGGAGGAAUAUGUGUCUCCUUUCUGUUUUGAGCAAGGGCUUAACACCAACUACCUUUAUUUGUCCCCUAAAGAAAGCUUCACUCCACCCAGCUCACCGGCACUGCCAUGCAGAGGUGCUCAGAGACCAGACUCCAUCCCAGAAGUGGGGGAAGAUGCAGCGGGCACAGUGCAGCCCGCCUCUGACACAGCCCUUACUGAGGAGGAACAAGAGGAGCUACGCAGUGAACUGGUGAAGGUGGAGGAGGAAAUCCAGACUCUUACUCAAGUGCUGGCUUCCAAGGAGAGGCACUUGGCUGAGAUCAAGCGGAAGCUGGGUAUCACUCCAUUCAACGAGCUCAAGCAGAACCUGAGCAGGAGCUGGCAGGAAGUCACUACAUCCACAGCGUAUAAGAGGACCUCAGAAACGCUGAGCCAAGCUGGCCAGAAAGCCACAGCAGCAUUCUCCAGUGUGGGUUCAGCCAUCAGCAGAAAGCUAGAGGAUGUCAGUAUACGCUCCAUACAACACUCCACUAGCAUGCCUGUGAUGAGGAACACUCCCACCUUCAAGUCAUUUGAGGAGAAAGUGGAGAGUUUAAAGACCAAGGUGAGCCCCACUGCAUCAUCCACCGAGCUUGGGGUUGAGUCAGAAUCGACGCCGAGUGCAGAGCCGGUGGCUGAGCAGCCCGACGGGACGACUGUCCUGGCUCCAGAACCACACUGAGGAGCAGCUUCUUCACUUCACUCCACUCUUCCCUUCUUCCACCCCUCCUCCCCUCUGCUUCUUCCCUCCUAACAUCAUACUUAGCUGAAAAACAAAACUGAUGCUCUGUGCUCACUUUCUUUCCCUCAAACUAGUUAGGAAAGAAUGUGUUCAUAGGAAAGACAUCAUGUUUAGAUGGUGGACGCAAGAAGAGUAGAAAGAUGAGCUUUACGAGUCCACGGUUUUCUAAAAACCACUCAUUUCUCAGUUUUCGCACUACAUGCUUUCAUGUUCCUCCGAGUUCCGUUAACCGCCAUCAUUUCACCUUCUGAAUGUUUGCAUGAGUCUGGUAUCCAGAACAUGUGGUAGGCCGACACUGGAGCCGAUCUCGGGUCAGGUGGAGAUGAAUGAAGACUUGGGGCUUCACACAGUUUGUAUAUGACUUCUGACCUUUGUUUUUUGUCUACUUAGUUCUCGUCCCCCAAAACCCCCGUACCCUCCAAACCCUAACACGUAUACACACACAAACAAGGCCAGUGUGCUCUUCAUGGGUUCAGUGACAUAGGGGUUGAGGUCUACGCUGGUAGCACAGCCCACAGAUGACCUUUAUAUAUGCUUUUUAUAUGCAGUUUUGCUGUAAAAGACAAAUAGCUGCCAUUAGAAGGUCAGCUAUGAAUUUCCAUAUUAUGUUUUUGUAUUAAUUACAUUUCCCUCUAAACAAAACACUGCCAUAGAAUAGCACUUAGGCUACUCUAAAUGGUGUCUCAUACUGUUUAGUACCUCAUAGCAAAUUACAACAUUUCAGGAAAAAGGCAAUAUUUUUUUUUCUAUGAGUGUUAUGGAUUUACCUUUAGGUUUUGCCUCUUGGUCUUUAAUAAUACAAAUGCCAAAAAAUAUAGUGUGAAACGUUUUGUGAACAGAAGCCUUGUCUGACACUUUUUAUGUCAUUUAGAUGAAUAAUGCUGGAUACUAGUAGUCAAAACUCUAUAGGAUGUAUAUAUUUAAACUAAAACAGGUUUAUAUAUUAACAAAUCGUUAAAAUAUUGAAAACAUUUUAAUGCUCAGAGCUAUGUGUAGAAUUGUUUAUGUUCAGAAUUUAUAGAGAGAGAAAUAGAAAGUAAUAGCUGACAUUAAAUGAGAGUCUACCAAAUCUAUGAAGGAACAUUAUGGUUAUAGUUAUAAAAACUAGAACAAUUUUCACAAUGAAACAAAUCUGAACACAAAAAAAUGUAUCCCCAUUUAUUCCUUCAUGUAGCUCCAUGUCUGUUUGGAGUGGACACAUGGUAUGAUGUGUAAGGAAUAAAACACAACAGGGCAUGCUGUUAUAGGACAAUAAAGCUGGGACAGUGUGAUGCUGUUAUCUUCGCAAAGUUGAGUUUGUAGUUCAUUUUCCUAUUACAGCAUUUCCUGUCUGUUUUUUUUUUUCCUCUUACUACAUAGCAAUUUGCCGAUGAUUACAUUUUUUUAUUCAUCAAAGAACCACGUGUACUUUUUAUCCAUUUAUAGUUACACUUCAAUUUUUUUUUUCACCGUCUGAAAUAUGUUAGUUUAGUUGCUGUUUUCACUCACCUUAUAGCAGCUGUAAACAGUCCCUUCCUCAUCAGCCUCUCUUUUUUUCUCUCUGGAACCUAAUAAAACAAAAUAUGCAGCUUGUACUGAGAAGCACUCCGUCCUGAAGAAUUUCCUGCAUCGGAAAACCUAGUUAAGAGUUUUACUGUUACAGAGCGCCGACACUAGAGACUCCUACAAAUGAUAAAAAGACGUCUCCUCACAGCAACUUUACCAUGUUAACAGUUACACACUUUUUUAUUCCAUUUAUGUGGAGCUUCUGUUAUACAAUUCCUUGUCUACACUGUUACUAUAGAGAUGAUGAUGUAUUGACAGUGGUCAUUAAUAUAAACGCGUGGUUUGUCUUGUCAGAGCUGCUGUAACAGAACUUUAAUCAACACUGUCCAGUCAGAAGCAGGAAUUGAACAGCGCUGUGGUACUCAUUUGCAAAGUCAUUUUAUUUCACUAUAACAAAGUCAUACAUUUGGCAGCUUGUGACCGUUCAUUACUGAGGUCUUUGAGCAGAACAUGUUCACUAAUCUAACAAGUGCAACUAGCUCUAAGUUUUAUCUCACAGGUUCUGGCUUUGCUUAAAAAUUGAGUUCUGUAGAAGUUUAAAAAUAAGGCAUGUUUGCAUGUAAACAUGAUCUAUAAACUUUCUGGCUUUUGGGUGUUGAAAUAGAACAAAUGUGGUCAGAACUCACUUUAGCUUUGUACUGUUAUCAUUAUUAACUUUUUAUGUCUAAAUUCUAGCCUCACAGAAUCAACACAAAGAUUGGAAAUGAAAUACUUAAAGACAGAUCUCAGAGUAAAUGCAACACAUGGACAGGUUUGCCUUGGCUUCCUUGGUUGUUAGACAAUAUUUUUAAUAACAAAGAAAAGAGUAUCAGGUAAUAUUGAUUAUUUUGGGUUAUAACUAGAAAUUCACGCAUGCAUAUGAUGAUAAAGUGUGUAAUAAAGUCGAGGAUAAUAUAAUUGUUUAAGGCUUGGGCCGGCAGGCAUUUCUUUCUCUGUAACACUAAAAGCUCUUGCUCAGAAGCUGCUGUAUUGCAAUGUAGUGUUUAUCUUCAUAGGAAAUUUGUAAGUAUGGACAUGACUUUUUCAGUUUGUCUUGUAAAAUUGUUGUAAAAUCUUUUCAUAUGCAGCAGCAAUGAUAUUUGUCUGUAUAGCUCACAUUUCUUAGUUUUAAAAAAAAGCCUCUCUAUUUUUUAGGAUAUAAUUUUACCCUGGAUAUUAGUUAUUAAUGGUGUUGUUUAACAGAUUACCUGCUGGGUGAAGUUACACAUCCAGAAUAAGUCCUGUCCAUAGUUACAGCUCAGGUGUCCUCUACUGAUAAUGAACUUUUUCCCCGCAAGGCUCUGCGUGUGCAUCUCUAACAAGUGUUUUCAUUCUCUGCAAGCUAAAUCACACAGUGUAGUUGAUUCAAGAUGGAAAUUCCUAAUUCAACUGUCUGUUUCUUUGUGUGUCCACUCCUGAAUAAAGCACAAUAAUUAUA